ACUAUCAAUCUAAUCAAAUUAUUGCAUUUCUGUCAUUGAUUUUGGACAAGUCGAAGCUAAAUUUUCUGUUAGGGAUGGCGACGCUCCCUGUUAGGAAAGUCUUGGAUGUUUAUGAUGAAGAGUUUGCCACGAAUAUGGAAAUUGCUAAAAAUUUAGUGGCGAUGGUGCAGAAUCCCAAAGACAAAGAAAUUUGCAAAAAGUGGAUUUUGAAGUUGCGUCAACUGAAAGCAACUGACGCAACGGUGAAGAAAAACCGAAACAGCUUCUUCAAGUAUUUCCUGCAGAUGCUCCAUAAAGCAGUCCAAGGGGAAGACUACCUCGGCCCUUCUCCACUUGACACUAAAGCUGAGGAAAGUAAAGGUCGGGAUUUUAUGUGUCGCUGGUCGAGUGAUAAGAGGACUUAUGUGGCGGCUAAGCCACUUCCAGGGGCUGGAACUCUGGUGUACAUGGCUGUGUCAAAGGACCCAAGUCUUGGAUGGGAAAAACAGGGAGAGACAAUCUAUGUUUAAUUACCUCUAACUAAAAUAUACAUGAAUUGAAAAAACUGUC